AUGUCGUCGUCGAGAAGGGGCGGCAGGGGCGGCCCCGCGCCAUCCGGGCGCUUCGAGGGGCAGGUGCAGAGCCGUCGGCUGGAGCGAAUGCGGGGUGCGGCGACGCAGCAGCCCAUCCCGCGCGAGUUUGGCUUCAACCCGUACUCACCCACGCCUCUCCUCCAGCCGCCAGGAGGAGGCAGUAGUGGCAGAUACAACCCUCCCUCUGGCUCGGCGGCCUACUCGGGGACGCGCCGAUCGUCGGCAGCACAGAUGGCCGAGCAAGCCAGGAGGAGAAUGCUGCAGGAGUCGCCCGCCAUGUCGAUGCUGUUCGGUGACCAGUCGUCGUCGCCGAUGUCCUUCAAUGACACGCCAACGCAGCAGCAGCAGGCCUACCGCCGUCCGUCGUCGCUGGCCAUGCCAACCUCGAUGACGACGGACAUAGGCGGAGAUGGAGUGUUUGACAUGUCCAACAUCGAUCCCAAUCUUCGAGGACCAGCAUCAUCAAGGCAGUCCGCUGCCUUUUCAUCGCCCCCACGAAGGCGACAGCCGUUCGUGAGCCCGUCCAAGCAGAAUCGAGCUAGCCAAAUGGUGCAGGGAAGGCCGCCACAGUCGGUGGGAGAUGCCAUCGAGAUGCGUAGGCAAAUGCGGAUGCGUGGUCGUGGCGACCUGCCCGUCAUGGAUCGCUCGUUUCAGUUCCAGCUGCCACCCGAUGCCUCAGUCGCGCGUUCGGCCACUUCGAGCCUCUACGACGACAGCCACAGCCAGCUCUACUACCUCGACAACAAUCCAGCCAGCUUCGCCGACACACCCAGCCACGUAGGCGUGGCAGGAGGACGGGGCAGAGUCUCCAGUGGACCACUUCGCAGCGGGGCACGGAGCAGCGAUGUGUACGACUUUGGCGCACAAGGCGUCGAUCCGAGCUACAUCAGUGCACAACAGGGUUUCGCCGACUACGAUGACGGGGGAGGGGCACAGUACGACGAUGGGACGUCGAUGCCAUCGAUCAGAGAGCAGGACGAGGAAGACUUGUACCAGCUUCAGCCGCCGCGGGCCCGGCCGCUGGACGAGUCGCCCGGCACGACCUCUGCUCGAUUUGCAGCAGAACGGCGUAGAGGUCGACGGCAGGCCAGCCCUGGUGCGGUGCCGUCUCAAAAGUCGGCAGGCAAACGACGAAGGCUGUCAGUUGAAGCCGAACUUCGCCGCCACGAGGCUGAGCUGGAAGAAGAGGACGAGGGAGAAGGGGACAUGACUGUUAUGGAGCAGCGAGCAAGGAAGAGCAAGGCGACCAUGGCAAAGACAGACGCCAGAGGCUUGACGCUGAACCCGAACGGACAGCCCGCUAUGGCAGGCACCUACGAGGACUUGAGACCAAUGACGGAGGAAGAGAUGAAGGCGAGGAGGAAGGAGCUGCAGAAGACAAUCACCUUGGCCACGGGCAUGUCACUCAGCCACAAGACCAUGAUCAACGAUGCAGACAUCAUCCACUCGAUCAUCGCCCAAGGAUUCAAAACUGUCUUGGGCCGAUCGCAGCAUCGAAAGACGCUGCAGGCGAAUCGUGACGUCAAGGCGGCCUUCGACAAGGUGGAGAGGCACACGGCCGCCAACUUCACCGCUCUUUCACAAAAGUCCAUCGAGCGGCACCACCUCACGACAGAGUACCGCAAGGUAGCCAAGCGCAAGAAUCUCCUUCGGCGCGAGGUGCUCAGGAUGCGGUCCGAGGCGAAGCGCGUCUUUGGCAUCAUUGAUGCAAUCGAGCACGUCCAGGAGCAGGAAGCCAGACGAGAGGAGAACGAGGAGCAGAUGCUCGACUUCUUAGAAACACUGAGAGAGGCCAGCAAGGAGUGGACGUGA